AUGAAGGACGGUGCAAUUGCGUACGCGGCUUCACUCGAAGCUGUACGAUGGAGCGUAGCGCCCCGUGCUGGGGAAGUGGAAUGUAUCGUGGUAGCAUGGAACUUCCGCUGCCUUUGCGAUGAGUGUCUCUCUCGAACUUUUUUUCUUCCUUUUUUUCGGCUCAAACCCUUUCUCAACGUUGUGAAGAAGUACAUUAUGCUCGAACAACGAGCCGAUAUACAGACCUGGAGUGUUGUAGGCAGUGGAUGCCUGGCUGCCGUUGUAGACAUCUGA